AUGUCUAAACAAAGUACACCAGCUUCUACUUCUACGGCAAAUGAAGAAAAAUCCAUUCCUACCUUAGCUGAGAUGAUUAUUAUUCGCAAUGAAAGAAUCACCGGUCGUGUUUUUCUUAAUUCAACCAAGCAAGAUUUUAUAGACAAUGGCCUGAAAGGUGGACCCGCAAAACGUCUUGCAGACUUCGUCAAGGAAGUCAAAGAAAAAAAAUUGAAGGUAUAUUCAUUGUAUAAAACUGUGAAAGAUUUUGAAGGGGUCAUGAGAAAGUUUGGAAUCGAUGGCAAAGAAAUAAGUGAUAUUCCACAGUUCUAUCCUGUAACGGAGAAACUCGAAGAGAAUGAUGAAGAUUUACAAUAUUGUAUGGACGACAUUAAAUAUAGAAUGGUCAACAUAGGCUCAGCAACAGGCAGUAAUGAAGCCCUGCGUUGCGAGUACAUUUCUACAAUAUUACAUUCAUGCCUCCAUAUUGCCAGAAGAACCACCAAAGAUACAAUCGUCCUAAAACCCCAGUUAGAAAUCCCAUGGAUUGGCAUUUCAUCAUGUAUACUCCGGGAAAUGGUUUAUUGUGCAAAAGAUGACUAUCAUGUUCCACUUACUGAAAAAAUCUUAGAGGACGAUUCAGAACUUCGAGGCGAUGUGAAAAAAGUUAUGGAGGUGAUUGUGGGUUUGUUGAAGGAUCGAGUUAACGUAGAUGAUUUACCAGCUAGUAAGAAGGCUAGAACUGAACAAUUUAUUAAAAUACGUGAAUAA